UAUAUAUAUACGCUCCUCUUUCAUUUCAUUUUUCUAUGUUUCUUUAUUCCAAAGAUGAAGUUUAUCCAUUGGUUUAUUCUUGCUAUAACUGCUGUUGUUGCUACCCAAGCCGCCAUAACAGCUAAAAAAGACAGUGGCGAAAUCUGUAUUCAAAUGAUUGUUCCAUGCCCUGAGCGAUGCAAGAAAAACUGUAUAUAUCCUGACUUACCUUGUCCUUUUACUCAUCCACCAAAAUGUCCUGGUGAUCGCAGCUUCCCAAAGGAUCCUCAAUGCUUGGUUGCAUGUCCAAAAGACAACAAACCCCCAUGUCCCGAUGAAUGCACUAAUUGCUAUUAUGAGAGUGCUAAUGAUCCUUGUUGUCCCAAGCUACUGAAGGCUAUAUGCCCUUCCGUCCAAUGCUUUGCUCCUUGUCAAAGCGAAAACAAGCCUCCAUGCCCUGAUGAAUGUGCCAACAACUGCACUUAUAAACCUGCUCAUGAUCCUUGUUGCCCCAAUCUGCUUAAACCUGUCUGUCAUUCUAAAUAAAUAUAAAAGGAAUAAAUAAUAUCAUUUAUUAUACAAAGAAGAGUUAAAUGAAAAAAGAAAUAUAUAUAAUGGGU